ACUAUUUUCAGACGGUAAAGCUGAAAAAGAACUUAACCAAUAAAAAUGCACUGAUAUCGUUCGAUUAAAUGUGUAACUAAGAUAUUCAAGACUUGUAUGAGCGUAGGAUCACGUAUAUAUAUGGAUUAGAAGAUUAACGGACCUUACGCAAUAUUACUCGCUGAAAUAUAUUACAAUGCAAAUCCAACUGAUUACGAAAUGAAAAUCCUCGAAAGAACUCCCAGUAUCGCGGCAAGACGUAUGAAAGCUUCGAAUAUAUUAGAUAUAAUAUCGUGUCUUCUAAAUCUUAAACUGUCUUGUACAUAGCAAGAAUAUAAAUAUUUACAUUCACGUUCGGAAUAUCGAUGAUGCAAUCAAAACCUACAAGAGAUAUCGAUAACAUUCUAAAAUCCGAUACUCUUAAUCCGAGUAAAUAAUAAGUAUAUAAAGAAUCAAGCUAAUACAUUUCGUGCACGAUAAAAUAAAUAAUGGUUCUCUCAAGGUUAAAUUUAGCAGAGAAAAGAAUGUUCUGGCCAUAUUGGUUCGCUAGCAUAGAAGUGUCUAUGCUAUCCUUCAGCAUUGGUUUGAUGGCCGGUUGGACUUCGCCAUAUCUCGCAAAAUUGACUGCCGAGGAUUCGAAAAUCCCUAUCACUAAGAAAGAAGCUUCUUGGAUCGCGUCUCUGAUGCAUCUCGGGCGUCUUGUUGGUGCAGUGAUCGGCGCCUUGGCAGUGGAAUACAUUGGUAGUAAGAGCACGCUACAAAUCACUGGAAUACCACUAAUUCUGGGUUGGAUAUGCAUAGCCAUUGCUAAUUCUGCGGCCUGGCUCUAUGUGGCGCGGAUAUUAUCUGGCGCUGGAAUGGGAAUGAUCUUCAGCAGCUUUCCUAUGUAUAUUGGAGAAAUAUCAAAACCAAGCAUACGAGGGGGUCUGGUUAGUUUGAUUAUAACUGGAAUGCCAUUUGGCACUGUAAUUGGAAACAUUAUGGGACCUUACAUAUCGAUGUGGAUAUUUGCUUGCAUCAGCCUAGUGCCAAAUUGUAUGUUUUUUAUACUUUUUCUCUUCAUACCGAAUUCGCCGCACUUUCUCGUACGAAAAAAAAAGUAUGACAAGGCACUUAAAUCAAUAAGUUGGUAUCACCGAGGAUCGAAUGCGGAGCAGGAAAUGGAGUCAAUUAAAAAAUUUCAAGAGGGAAUUUACAGUUCGAAAUUCAUUGACAAACUGAAAGAAAUGGGGGAACCGAUAAAUAGAAAAGCAUUUAUCAUGGUGACCGUGCUCGUUCUGCUUAUGCAGCUGAGUGGAUUAAACAGUAUUGUAUUUUAUAUGGAGAUAAUCGUGAAGAAUGCUAAAGUAACAACGAUCGAACCAUCGACCGUUGUUAUUAUAUCGAAUACCGUGGGAAUCGUCAUUGGUUGGAUAGCAAUUUACGCAAUUGACAAAUGCGGUAGGAGGAUUCUUCUCUUGAUCUCAAGCUCCGGUGUUGUCGUCGCCAUGUUUAUGUUGGGUCUACAUUUCAUGCUAAUCGAAUCUGGUUACGAUAGCAAGAAGCUUCAAUGGCUGCCUAUUCUAUCGCUGAUCCUAUUCAUGCUGAUGUGCCUAGGACUGGUCCCAGUUCCUAGUACAAUGCUCAGUGAACUAUUUCCGGCCAAUCUAAAGAGCAUCGCCGGCUUUGUUGGGAGCCUAUCAUCGGCAGUCUUUGCUUUCCUAUCGAGCAAGACUUAUCAGCCACUGGUGGAUCUCACGGCGGAGCAAUAUGUUUUUUGGAUAUACGGAAUCAUCAUGUGUGGUGCACUGGUAUUCGGUAUAUGGAUCAUGCCGGAAACGAAAGGAAAGUCGCUACAGGAAGUUCGCGACAUGUUAGCGGGACGAGAAGUCACGAGGGAUGCUGUGAAGGAUGAGGAGAGCGAGCCACCUGAAAAACGUACGGAGGAGACUCUAAACUUUAUAUUCGCAGUGUGCGUGCUGAGUAUAGUAAUCGGUAUGGUACAAGGCUGGGCGUCGCCCUAUCUGGCUAAAUUGAUAAAGGACGAUUCAUCCCUUCGCGUCACGACUGACGAAGCUUCUUGGAUCGCAGCCCUCAUGAACGCCGGCCGACUAAUCGGUGCCAUAUGCGGUGCACUCAUCGUGUCAUAUCUUGGUAGCAAGAACGCAUUGAUGUUCACUGGACUAUUUCCAGCAUUGGGAUGGAUCUUCAUCAUAUCUGCCGAUUCCGUCUAUUGGCUCUACACAUCGAGGGUACUAUCUGGAAUAGGAGUAGGCAUGGUGUUCACAUGUUUCCCUUUGUACCUUGGCGAAAUAGCAGAUCCUAGCAUACGCGGUGCUAUGGUGACUUUCGUCGUAAACGGAAUGGCCAUUGGAGUCCUGAUUGGUAACAGCAUGGGACCAUUCAUGUCAAUGACGAAAUUUGCCUACAUCGCUCUGCUGCCGAAUCUUCUGUUUCUCGCAUUCUUUUUCAUUCUGCCGGACUCUCCGCAUUACCUCGUGAGUCAAAGAAGAAUCCAAGAAGCCAGAAAGUCCAUACGAUGGUAUCAUCACGAUGUGGACGCUAACAAGGAAUUGGACUCUAUACAAAAUUUCGUGAGGGAAUCGAACGCUAUGAAGUUUAUGGAUAAAAUGAAGGAAAUAGGAAAAAGAAAAAACAGAAAGGCUCUACUCAUGCUGAUUAUACUUUUCUUCUUCCUGCAAUCCAGCGGUAUAAGCUCCGUUCUGUUUUACAUGGAGAUCAUUGCUACGAAUGCGGGCGUCACUGUUAUGUCGCCUGCUAUGUUGGUUGUUGUUAUUAACACUAUCAGAUUUAUCGUCGGAUGUUUGGCCAUUUUCUGUAUUGAUAAAUACGGCAGAAGGAAAUUACUAGCUUUAUCAAGCGCAAGCGUCUGUUUGUCAUACACUUUGUUAGGAAUUCACUUUACGCUCUUGAACUUGAACUAUGAUGCUAGUGAACUUCAAUGGCUUACAAUAAUCGGCCUACUUUUGUUCACACUCGUAUGCAUCGGACUUAUGCCAGUGUCCAACACUAUGGUUAGUGAAAUGUUGCCGUCGCAUCUGAGAAGCGUGGCUGGUUGUAUAGCCAGUGUUAGUUCAGCUGUGUUUGCCUUCGCAGCUAGUAAGAGUUAUCAACCAAUGGUGGAUGUUGUGGGUGAACAAUACGUUUUUUACAUUAAUGCUAUUCUUAUGGCAAUUUCAGUCAUUUAUAGUCUUCACGGUGUGCCUGAAACUCAGGGAAAAACAUUGCAGGAAAUACAAGAUAUGCUAGAUGCACGUUGAAUGACUGUGCUGAGAGUCUGAUGGGUUUUUAAAAAUUUUUUUUUAAUAACAAAAAUAUAGGCAAUUAAUGCACGACUUAGAUUUACAAUUAUAAUUAUUAAGUUGACAAUUUUCAGUUUCGAGUCUCUAUUGUGUAAAAAAAACUAAUAAAGUGCAAUUAAUUAAAAACACGUGUAAAUAAUG